AUGUUCGGCAAUAGGGUGGCCGACAAAGUGCCGGCUCGGAGCGAGAAAGAACAGCAGCAAAUUGACCUCGAUCCUGCAUUCAUUGUGAAGUGGGAUCACGAUGAUCCUUUAAACCCUCAAAAUUGGCCUGUCCGAUACAAAUGGUGGGUGACUUUCCAGCUGGGGAUGCUCGCUCUGGCGGGCAGUCUCGGCUCCAGCAUUAUAACCCCUGCCGAUAGCAUCAUCGCCAACUAUGUUGGUGUCAGCAGCGAGGUCUCUGUCUUGGAUGUGUCGUUAUACUUAAUUGGUUUUGUAUGUGGUCCGAUUAUCUGGGCUCCAAUUUCUGAAAUCUGGGGACGCAGAGUUAGCAUUUUACCGGCUGUCUUCUGCCAAGCGCUCUUUGCCAUUGGUACAUCUAGAAGUACCAAUGCGGCCUCGUUUUAUGUUACGCGCUUCUUCACCGGGUUUUUCGGCUCUGCCCCGAUCAGUAAUGUCACAGCCGCCCUGGGUGACAUGUGGAGUCGAGAGACUCGCGGCGUCGCAGUCAGCUUGUAUGCCGUGGCAGUGAAUGGCGGACCAUCACUCGGCCCAGUCAUUGGAGCUGCCCUUAUCACGAAUCCUCAUCUCGACUGGCGCUGGACUGGAUACAUCUUGGCCAUUUGGGUCUUCGUGACCUUUCUCCUGGGCUUUUUCUUCCUCCCCGAGGUAUAUCCACUAGUGCUCCUUAAGAAAAAGGCCCAAGCGUUACGGAAAGAGACAAACGACCUCCGAUAUUAUCAUCCACAUGAGCAUAUCAAACUCGACGUCCAUUCGGUCGUUACGAAACAACUCUCUCGCCCACUGGUCAUGCUCUGCAGUGAGCCCAUUGUCACUUGCAUUGCACUAUACGCCUCCUUCGUCUACGGUGUCAUGUAUCUCACUCUGGAAGUAUUCCCCAUCGUCUUUGAAGAUAUCCGCCAGUGGGAACCCGUCGUUGCAUCCUUACCCUUCCUGGCAUUAUUGAUCGGUGUCGUAUCCUCCGUGGGCCUCAACGUCUGGAACCAGUACCGCUACAACCGAAUCGCAAAAGAAGCCAAUGGGAAAGCAGUUCCCGAAGCAAGAUUACCGCCGAUGGCAAUUGGUGCGGUCCUCUUUGUAGUUGGAGCAUUCUGGUUCGCGUGGACGGCGGAACCACCUCAUCACUGGAUCUUGCCCUGUCUGGCUGCAUUGUUCAUCGGUGCUGGCUUCAACUGCAUUUUUCAGCAGUGCCUUAACUUUCUUGUUGACGUUUACGGGAUAUAUGCGGCAAGUUCUACGGCAGCGGUUACUUUUCUAAGAAGCAUUAUGGCGGCUGGGCUUCCAUUAGCGGCUAAGCCGAUGAUCAGAGCUCUGGGGGUUGGUCCUGGAAUUUCGAUUAUCGGUGCAGUGGCUGCUGCUUUGUUGCCAAUUCCAUUCUUGUUUAUGACAUAUGGUCCAAGGUUGCGGAAGAUGUCGAAGCUCACACCCGAUGAAACGAAUCGUUGA